CCAAAUGAAUGACGAACACCGCACUAAGACAACGUUUGUUUGUACAGGUAAGGAAAGUCAAGCAGCUUGCCUAGCUAGCUAUCACGUGUACAUGACCUAGCUAGCUAUCACGUGUACAUGAAACAAACAUCCGUCUGGUGUAUGGUGUAACUUUGUAUUAUGGUCGAUAAUACAAGUUCGGAACAUUACAAACAGCAACUAGUGUGAAAUGAUCCUGUUCAUCUGUACCAACUAAAAUGUGAUUGUUUAAAGGCAGACAUGGCGGAUAUCAAACAAGCCAUAUGUUACAAUGUUGUGAUUGUAAUGUUUGUCGUGUCCAUUACAUCUUCUGCAAAGGAUCGGUUGGUUUUAGUUCAGGCGAUAUUUCGUCAUGGAGAUAGAAGUCCAGUAAGCACAUUUCCGAACGAUAAACACAGAAGCUACUGGUAUCGUGGAUUGGGACAACUUACCAAGGAAGGAAUGCGUCAGGAAUAUAACUUAGGGAAAUUAUUUAAUAUGAGAUAUGGAGAAGGAGAGUUUUUGAGUUCAAGAUACAUAAAUUCAGAGAUCAAAGUAACCAGUUCUGAUUUUGAUCGUACCCUAAUGAGUGCCUACUGUGUGCUUAGUGGACUUUACCCUCCAAAAGGAAAAGAACAACAAUGGAAUCCAGACCUUAACUGGCAACCCAUUCCUGUCCACACCAAACCCCAAAAGGAAGAUUUUAUAUUCAGUCUGGCUGCCUGUCCUAGAUAUCAAGCACUGGUUCAGGACUACAGGGGAGAAAACACUAUGAGUAACUUUGUCGCUACACACCAGGAUUUGGUAGAACAAAUCAUGAACAUUUCAGGACUUUCCAAGGAUUCAUGGAGCAACAUAGCAGACAUUCUUUACUGUCAGUAUGUACACAACCUAAGUUUGCCAGAAUGGGAGUCCGUCUUGCCAUUCAACCUUGUCACAUCCUUACGUGAUGAAUCUGCGUCAUAUUUCCUUCCAACACAAGAAACUACCAAAUUGAGGGGAGGUCCGUUAUUGAAGGAAAUUAUAGAAAAUAUGAAAAGAAAUUUGAAUACCGACUCUAACAGAAAGGUUUACUUAUAUUCUGGGCAUGAUACAACAUUGAUAGCUUUGAUGCAGAUAUUGAAUGUGUUUGAUAGAAGGCAUCCGAGUUAUUCCGCUUGUGUAAUUGUGGAACUGUGGAAAAGUGGUAAAAAUGAAAUGCCCUUUGUCAGGAUUUUACAUAAGAAUGAAACAAACAACAACAUCAAUAUUCUAAAAAUACCGGGCUGUAUUAAAGACUGCCCUUUUAACGACUUCGUCAGUAUUCUAGCCAACAGCAUACCAAAGGAUAUCAAAGAAGAUUGUAAAAAUGAAAACCGAUCGAGUUUAUUAGGAAGUUCAAUAUACAACAACAGAAUUGGAGUGUUUGUUCUGAUUUGUAUAGUCAUAUUACUAGUAAUCGUUCUUGCCAUACUCAUUAUACAUGCAUACAGAGUCAGUCGUGUCACGGCAGUAUAUCAAACAGUACCUACCGAGGACGGGUAUCUUUAAAAAUAUGCAAUAUGACUCCUAAUAAAUGCAAAUGAAUACCAUGAAAAAAUGGCGGAUUCCAGAACAGCUGAUGUCAAGGGCGAAUAUGUUACAAUAAUGUGCUUUCGGUGUUUUCAGUGAUUGACAUACAGACAUUUGCUAAAAUUUAAAUCAAGGAAUUCAGUGCCAUCUGUUUGAUUUUAAUGGUUACUCAGAAGGUAUGAAGGGUUCAAAAUAAAAUAUUUUAGCAAAUAACAA